ACAACCAAAAUAAACUCUCCCAGGUUCCGAAUUUUCAAAGAAGGAAAACCAAAAUCAGAUAUGUCUGGAAUCAAAGGUAGUUGUGGUGGGCAGAAGAUCCAGUGCCAGGAUCCAUGCAAGAACCCUUGCCAAAAAAUUACAGUCUGCAAAGAUCCAUGCCAAAACCCAUGUAAACCUCAGGGUCAUCACCAUCAUCCACGUGGAAAUGUUCGCCAACAAGAUCCAUGCAACCCCUGCAAUCCCUGUGUUGUUCCUGUCUCCUGCUGUCCUGAUCCCUGUGAUCCUUGCCAGGGCCAAGGAAGUUUUUGCUGUGAUUAAUGAAGAAGAGAUUACGUGUGCCUAAAGCCAAAGUUACUAAAUUACUUUUCUGCAAAAUCAACAACACCCUUUCUAUUUUAUUUAGU